GAGGAGGGGAUCAGCUUCACCUCGCCUCGCCUCGCCUCGGUCCCUCAUAAAGACUGUCAGGUUGGUUCUCGACACCGACAGGCCAGUGACCAACGCUCGUAGACCCUUGUGGCUCAUACAUCCUGAUCUCAGACUUUGAGAUGCCACCGCUGGAUCCGUCGUAUCCUCCUUCUUCUUCCUCCUCCUCCUCCUCCUCCUCGUCGUCGGCGUCUUCCCUCCGGAGUGUCUCCCGUAAAGAUCCCCAGCGAAACGAAACAAGACACGCCCAUACCGCCAUGGACCAAGAUUUUAAAGACCAUCAAGCCGAUAAUCACUCGUCUCGCAUCCUCGUGACUCCUCCCAGUCCCUCGUCACCACCUCGUUACCCUCCUGACUCUGCCUGUCAUGUGCUCGCCGCUCGUCCUCCUCCAAGUGGCCACUACACAUCACUCAAAAGCCGAUUAUCCUCUGAUCAAGGUAGACGUUCUCCUUAUCUCGGCUCGCUUGUACCUUCACCCGGAUCAGCAGAGCAUGGUCUCACGGGAUCCAACGCUCAAAUGCAGCAGGUCCGAGAAGAAGAUUCUCCAGGUCUAUGCGCCGUAGACCAGAGCGAUGCACUUUCACCCUCUUGGCCGCCUUGGAAACGCUCGGACGGAUGGACAGGGUGGAGCGGCGAGAGCGUCCUCACUGCUAAUCUUGUGCCUUCAUUGGUAAUUCAAGCAUUCAGCACCGGUAUACUAGACGCCACGACAUAUGCCGACUUUCGUACUUUUGCCUCGAACCGUGAGUGUGAGGCGGGAUCCAAGGGAGAGAGAGAGUGGGAGAGAGUCAAAAAUUCUGACAGCAUCGUAGAAACUGGAAACACCAUUCUCCUGACUGUUUCCGUCAUUGGCAGUACCCAGAUCCUUCUUCUCCUCACUGGUCUUUCACUCGCUGCUUUCCUCUUUGGUUCCCUGACGUUUGGCCACCUAGGCCACUACAUGGGUGUCCGUCGACGACUCUGGAUCCUCUUGUCGACGCUGUACCAAAUCUCCGCAUUGAUCCUCGCUGCGAUCCUCGUUUCUCCCGCUGGUCCGAAAGAGACGAGAGUGGGUGGAAGUCAAGAAUGGGUCGUCCUGGUUUUAUUUGCAAACAUGUCAGGCGCUCAAGUAGCCAUGGCUAGACAAUCUGGAUCUCAAGAACUUCCAACGGCGCCAAUGACAUCAAGUUAUGUCGAUCUCAUGGCCGACAAGUAUCUCUUCGUAUCGUUUAAUCACCCCAAAGCCGGUCCUAGGAAUCGCAGACUGUCGUAUAUCGUCGCCAUGAUCGUGGGUGGUUUCAUCGGUAGUGCUAUACACAAGUAUGCUGGGAGUUGGGAAGUGGUGGUUGUGACCAUUGGCAUCAAGUGUGUAGUCUUGGGAAUGAUGAGCAUGGCCAAAGGGGAGCGGCAAGCAACGGGAGAGGUGUCAAAGGCAUGAUCCAUAGUCUUGAGGUGGGGGAACAUCUGUAUCCAAAUUGAUUGUAGUGGGUCAACAAGAGCGUCAGUGCAUUUUGCAUCGUGCGAGGAUUGAGAAGGAUCGCUUGGUCAGCGUGGUUCCUCGCUGGAUGCUCUUUUGACGAAAAGACAACCGAGCGAAGUUCCUUCCCGCACAGCGACAG